GCUAAUUUAGCUGCAGUGCUAACAGUCUGAGCGCAUAGAGGUGUGUCCCAUUCCGCAGCGGGCAAUUUCGUUACACAUCAUGGAAUUUGACUCGUCCAGCUUGUCGUUGGAUUGCUUGAUUCACAUUUUCUCAUUUCUCCACGAAGACGAGUUAACACGAGCUUCCGGGGUCUGUAAGGUGUGGCACGAAGCUGCCGAAACUCCUUGGUUAUGGAGACAGCUGUGUCUGCAGCGCUGGCCGUUCUGCAAUGUGGCGAGAGCGGCGUCCGGAGGGGAAAAGCGGGCCUGGAAGAGCUAUUACCUGCAGCGCUCGCACUUAGAGAACAAGAUGGAGACCGGCCGCUCCUGCGCAGACUACACCUGUAAAAGCCUGAGAGGACAUACAGGCCGUAUAGUUGGCUUUGGGUACCUGCUGGGGAGCAGCGUGUGCUCUGAGGAGUGGAACUCCACGCCUGUGGUCUGCAGCGCCUCCACAGACGGCACGGUCCGGGCGUGGGACGUGCAGCAGGGUGCCCAGCUGUGGGCCUCGCCGGCUCAGAGCGCCCUGUACGAUAUCGCUGUGGAUCAGGAGAAGCGGCUCGUGUUCACCUCGGACACCGCGGGGCUGGUGAAGGCCUGGGAGGGGCUCUCUGGGCGGGAGGUGGCCUCCUUCCCCACCUCCUCCUCCGGCUGCAGGCUGCUCCCCUGCGGCCCCCAGGACCAGCCCCUCCUGGCGGUUGGAACCAAUGGGGGUUCCCUGUACACUCUGUCAAGCCCCUGCCUCACACAGCUCUCGUGUAAGGUGGUGUGUGAUACCUUCAGGAUCAACCUGCUCCUCUCAUCUCCUGACAGAAAGUGGCUUUUUGCAGGAACAAAGGAGAACGCUGAUUUCAGUCCGCAGGUGUUCUCCAGUGAGAGUCUGAGCGGUGCCUCUGAGGCCGACCCUCCUCUGUGCCGGUCGGUGCCAGUCCUGGGGUGUGUUGCGGCUGCCUUCCUGCCUUCAGAACCUGCCAGGGUGGUUCUGAUCCACAGCAGUGAGGACAUCCACAAGAAGGCUGUCUCUGUCUUCAGCAUCCACAUGAAAAAAUCCAAAUAUAAGGAGGAAAUUUUAGUGGAGCAGGUGGAGACGUUCCAGCUGGACGCUGGGGGACGCGACUCUGACGUCCUGCUUCACACCAGAGGGAGUGACACUCUUGUCAUCGCCCAGGCCAACACCCUGAGGGUGUACACACUGAAAGGCGCGGUUCUCGCAAGCUUCGAGGACCACACGGAACCCAUCGUUGCGGUCUGUGUGGACAGCUUUCGCGUGGUCACUGCGUCCCGUGACCUCUCUCUCAGAGUGCUAACCUGGAAGAAGGACAGAGACUCCGUCCUGAGUCUGCAGAGCCGCUACCACCUGCUGGGAGGGUCGCACACAAUGUCCAGGGGGUUCACAGGCGUGGCCUGUGACUACGUGAGCAUCGUGGCCUCGGUGGAGGCGAUCAACGGGAAGGACUCCCUGAAGGCAUACUCCUUCAGCUGCUGAGAGCCCUGCUGCAACCUCGGCCAACGGGAGACGCUCGCGAUGAACUGACAGGCUCCGGAAGAGCCAGCCUUACAAGAGGAUACCUAAUGCACUUACUACAUUAUUCACUUAGCAGAAAUCCUUAUCCAGGUGCUUACGUUUUUACCUGUUAGCCAUUUAUGUGCCUGGAUAUUUACGGAAGCAGUUCGGUUCCUCACCUGGGAAUUGAACCAACAACCUUUGGGCUUCAGGCUUCUACACGUUAUUACUACGCCACACUGCUGCCUGUGUCUUUCACACUGAGUAAUGGAAAACAGAGUUUGAGAAUGGCUGAAUGCUCAUGCAGAAGGUUAGAGAGCCAGCCAGGGAAAGUACUGCAUUCCUGUGGAGAAAAGUCAAUGUUUACAUACAUAAUAAUAAAAUAAUAUGCAAGUAAGAUUAGACAUAAUGCUUUAAAAGAAAUAUUCCAAUAAUUGUAGUGCAAUAAUAAUGAUUUGAAUAGAAAUAGGGUUGAUUUAUUGGGAAACAGCAGCAAACCAAAACAAAUGAACCAUGGCCAUAGCUUUGCUGAUCAGGGUGCCUUUAGGUCACAGAUCUGCAGAAGCGGGGAGCAGGUCUAUUCCUGAAACAGGAAUUGGGGCUCCUUCUGGGAGGUGUGCGUGCAUUUGUAUUUACAUUUAAUCAUUUGGCUCGCUCAAGCUUGGCAGGAGAAAUCCCUCCUGUCCAUGCUAAACACUGUGGUGUAUUAUUUUAUAAAUGAUGCAGAAAUCAGGCAAUAAGUGUAGUUUACUCAUACGUCUAGUUUGAUUUCCUCUUACCCCUGUGAGCUUGUGUGUGUUUGCCCAUUUGCCUCAGUGCAGUGUGGAGGCAGUGCCUUGGUGCAGUGUGGAGGCAGUAGAGGCAGUGCCUCGGUGCAGUGUGGAGGCAGUGGAGGCAGUGCCUCGGUG